AAUAUACUAAUUUUCAUUAAAAUGAAAAUAGUAACAAGUUUUUGUCGAUUUGAUGUAGAAUUUUAUGAUCACCUCAUCUUGAUUGCCGACAUCACAUUUACACAUUCCAUCCAACCGACACAUUCAAUGUUGUUUUAAAUUAAAUUAUUUUUAUUUCAUCAAAACAGAUGAAAUUAUGCUUGUCAAUAUUUUUUAUUAUUUUUCUUAAUUCGGUCUCAUCUCGUUGUAAAAUAUUGUUGAAUUCCGGACUUGAUACCAGUCAGUACUGUCAAGAUUCUCGGAAUAUGGAUAAUCAAAUACUGGAUUCCAAUCAAUCCGUAUCAGGAAAAUCCAAUUUACCACAGAUAACUAAUACCAUUUUACACAUCGACUUCAAACUAUGCUCUUAUGUAUUCGGUACAUAUCUAUGUCAAGCUUUGUUUCUUAAUGGAAUGUUUGUACUAUUAGCCAACUUGUCGCAGAGGAUACAAAAUGAUUUGGGAAUUGACACAUCCUCCAUUUUAUCUGGAAGAAUCUCAGGAGUCAUGACUGUCACAGUUGGAAGCUAUGUAUCAUAUAAAUUAUCGGAGUUUUUACUGGAUAUAAUUCUAUCGCUUUUCAGAGCAAAUGCCGUAGUAAGCAAACUGAAGGGUAUAAUAAAUCCCUCCAAUACGAAACUUAGUUGUAUAAACGUGCCGUUGUUUAUUUUUUAUAAGUGCUCAAAGUAUUUACACAACCAAAUCCCACUAGGAAUGGGUUCGUUGGACAUAUAUGUCAAGAACAAGAUACUGAAUCGAGACAAAAAAGAUGAUGAAAUCAAUGGCGAUGUGCAGAUUUCAGUAAAAGCGAAAAAGGAAGUCAAAAAUAAACUAAUGAGAGAAUUUACUGUAAUUUCUACCUAUAGUCUGGCAACUUUCUUAAUUCUUGGAGGAAAGUUACAUUCAUUCACACCAAGUGAGCUAUCGCAUCCAGGAGCAUUCUCUAUCCCGAAAUUAUCAUUAGAGGCGGAUGGAUACAGCUAUGCAACUAAAUCACAAAGAAAUAUAAUUCAAAUUCUAGGUAGAAAAUACGGAUGCCAUACAUGUGGUUUGAUUUCGGAUUCAGAAAGAUAUAUAGCAGAUCAUCAGCCGCCAUCAGGUGUAAUAAAAAGGAGACUCAAAGGGAAAUAUAUAUCAUUUUUACUAAGAAACUACCUUAUUCCCAUUCAACUUGUUAAACCAAAACAGCAUUUUUAUCCUCAGUGUAACAAAUGUUCGCUUAAACAAUCAAAGGCAGUAGCAAAUAACAAGCGAGUUAGCAUUACACAUUAUGGAAGGUUGAGAAGUUAUCAUUUAUGCCCUACUACAUUUUUCGUGUCAAGGGUUAUAUUUGAUACCAAGUGGUCAAGGUUGAACAGGAAGGUUAAAUGAUUUAUCAGAUGGGGGUGUUUUGUUCAAUAAUUCUUGAUUAAAUUUAUAAUAUAGA